AGAAUUUCACAUGGAUUCAAAACGAUGGUGGUUUGAAGGAGGAAAAAAACUCGUCUAGUAUGCUAUAGAGACGUGUAUUGAGCUACAAUUUAGACGAGUACGUGAAUUAGAAAGUAUACUGGUUCGUGCUAUCACCUACGUCGCGUUAUUAUGACAGAAUAGUGUUGGCGGUUCCGUCGGUAUCCUUUAUCACUGCGUGUUUUAUCAUAUAAAAAAUGAAAUCUCUACUGAAAACGAUUCGAUUCGCGCAGCCCGCGUUUUUCAAACCAAGAUCUUUCGCUACAGUCGUGCCACAGCAACUGGAUCCGUAUCAAGAAGAAGCUUUGAAUGAGAAAUUGAUCUUGGUAGACGAGAACGACCAAAUCAUCGGCACUGAUACGAAACGCAACUGUCAUAGAGUUAAAUACGGUAAAAUACCAUUGCACAGAGCUUUCAGCGCAUUUAUUUUCAAUUCGAAGAACGAAUUAUUGCUUCAAGAGAGAGCCUCUUCGAAAGUAACCUAUCCAAAUCAUCUUACAAAUUCGUGCUGCAGUCAUCCUCUAUACGAUAUCUUGGUUGGCCGGGAUAAUCUUCAAAAUACCGGAUUAGCUGUACAGAGAAGGUUAACCUUCGAACUCGGUAUACCUAUAUCGGAAGCGAUACCGAACCAGUUCAAAUUCAUCACCAAGAUACAUUAUUUUUCAGAAGGCGACGGUACUUGGGGUGAACAUGAAAUCGAUUACAUUUAUAUUAUUCGUAAAGACUUCACGUUGGUACCGAAUCCUAUGGAGAUAGGUAGAAUAUUCAGCGUGUCUAGAGCAGAUUUUAAUAGCUUCAUCAAAUCAUCCGGAUUACCUUUGACGCCUUGGUUUGAAUUAAUCAUCAAAAAUUGGCUAUUCAAGUGGUGGGAUAAUCUCGAUAAUUUGCAAGCCCUACGAGAUGAUAAAAUUCAUAGAUAUCACUAAUCCGAACCAGUGAUUCCAGAAGUGAAUUUUUCGAACGCUAGUAUUUUUAUUUAUUUUUCAUUCAAAAUUCUACGUCAUCGUUGUGUUAGAACGAUAAUAAAACUGUUAAUUCUUUA